GAUAAUUCGUCGCGUUCUAGCAAAACGCGAAGACGCGCUUCUCCAUUCGCUUUUCCUCGCCUUUUCGUCUCUUCGGGAUCGGGCUCGGGUGAGAGUUUUGAAGGAGACUAUCAAAGGAUUGAGACGUUAGCGUCAACUAAGGUAGUUGAUCGUUUGGUGCUAUUGCUAACAUUCUCAUCGAGUGCUUUAGAAACGAGGGGUCGUCAACUUUCUCCCUAGAAUUUUCACUUGUUCAAAAUAAGUUUCAACCACAUUAACUGCGCACCCAAAACCACGAUUUUCAUCAACCAUACAAAGUACUCUAACGUCGAACUUGGAAGAGGAUUGGUAAAGACUGAAAAGAAAGCAUGUCACAAAUUUCCAAGGCCCAGGACUACGAUGCUCCAGUUAGCAAGGUCAAAAGCCCAUCGGGCCUUGCCCACGUCGUACUACGAACCGGUAACCUCCCCCGCAUGGGUGACUUUUACACCACGUUCCUCGGGGGCAGCGUCACCUACGGCAAUGAGAUGAUAUCAUUCAUCACCUACGACGACGAGCACCACCGUAUCGCUUUGAUCGGGGUUCCAGGAACGGCGACCAAGAACCCGGCGAGCUGCGGCCUUGAGCACAUCGCCUUCUCUUUCGAUACUCUGGAGGCUCUGCUGCUUGCCUACCGCCACCGUAAGACCCGGGGCAUCGAGCCCGUCUGGUGUGUCAACCACGGCCCUACGACUAGCAUCUACUACAAGGACCCGGAUGGCAACAUGCUGGAAACGCAGGUCGAUAACUUUGAUACGGUCGAGGAGGCCACUGCAUUCAUGAUGAGCGACGCCUUUACCGAGAACCCGAUUGGUGUAGACUUUGAUGCCGAGAAGAUGAUUGGGGCCCUGCGCGCUGGGGGGGACGAGAAAGUGUUGAAGAAGCGGCGCGAGAUUGGCCCGCGCGGAUUGCCGGACUUUUCGAGCAUGUAGUAUUACCUUGACUUAGCCGGUG